AAAUUAUACUUUCUCUCUCUAAAAAUCGAAUACCAAAUCCAAAUUAUCAGGGUUUUCAGUCCCUUUUGGAUCUGGGUUUUGAUGCUGUUUUGCACUACCCAGAGCCAACAAGUCUAAUAUAACACACACACACACACACACACACAAACACAAAUGAUCCAACGCGUCGUUGACAACUUCCUUGCUGUCACCAAAGAGUCUGUAAAAACGAUUACUUAUGAGUCGUUGAGUAAUAUUUUGAGGCUGAUAAAUGGAUUAUCAGCAUUGUUGUUGGCUAUAUUGCCUGGCAAAACUAACCUCCUCGAAGGGAUUCAUGGUUGGGAGCUCAGACCAUCUUUUCGUGGACCUCGGCUUCCGCGCUGGAUGGAGAAUGGGGUGUCUUCGUUUAACCAAUUUGUUCACGAACUAUCCAUGGAGUCUGAUUCAGCAUCAAGUGUAGAUUAUUCAUCUGGAGAAGAAGUAGACGAUGAUGAUGAUGAUGAUUACAUAUCUCCUGCAUCUCCAUCAUCACAAAGUUCUCGAUUCUCCCGGGCAAGCAGCUUCACCAAGCGUGAAAAGAACUCGGCACAUUGGAUUUUAUCCAUAAUUUUGUGGAUUCUGCUUCCUGCAAGGCUAAUGCUUGGGAUACCAAUAUAUCUGUAUAGCAUGUUUUUUAGUAGAGGCUUAAAGGGAUCUGCUAGCACCCCAGGAAGAGUACAGGCUUCACAUGUGCAUGCUGGCAGGAAAGCAUUGGAUCACGUCGUUGAACGGGCUACCGACAGAAGACGUGGAGUUAUAGAGGAUUUACAGCUUGGAAUGGAGAUUUUUAUAGAAACCAUAUUUGAUGCUAUUCACAAGGUAGCAUCUUGUUUUAUCUCUCCAAUGGACUCUCUCGGGGCAUUUUUGAGGUGGUCUUCUCCAGGUGUUUUAGGGGAUGUUCACCCUGAUGAUUCAGUUGCCUAUGUUGCCACUGCCACUCUUGAUGAGGACAACCCCACUCCAACAGAAAGGAAAACCAGAUUGCAUAAUUCCUUGAAUACCGAUGCGCGGACAUGUCAAGAUGUCAUUACAGAGCUUGGGUACCCUUAUGAAGCUAUUAAUGUGGUUACUGCUGAUGGGUAUGUUCUUCUUUUGGAGCGAAUUCCAAGGCGUGAUGCCAAAAAGGCGGUUUAUCUACAACAUGGAGUCUUUGAUUCUUCUAUGGGUUGGGUGUCUAAUGGAGUUGUUGGCUCUCCAGCUUUUGCAGCUUUUGAUCAAGGGUAUGAUGUUUUCCUGGGUAAUUUCCGUGGUCUAGUUUCAAGAGAACAUGUAGACAAGAAUAUAUCUUCACGAGAGUACUGGCGUUACUCCAUCAAUGAGCAUGGGAUCGAAGAUAUACCAGCCAUGAUAGAGAAGAUUCACGAAGUGAAAACUUCAGAGUUGCAAUCUCUUUCCAAGGAUACAGAAGAAGCAAACGAGCAGCCUUAUAAACUUUGUGCAAUCUGCCACAGCUUGGGAGGUGCUGCAAUUCUCAUGUACAUCAUAACACGCCGGUUGGAAGAAAAGCCUCACCGGUUAUCAAGAUUAAUCCUUUUGUCACCAGCUGGCUUUCAUCACGACUCAACAUUUGCUUUCACAGCAGUCGAGUACUUUCUCCUUUGGUUUGCUCCAGUUUUGGCACCUCUUGUGCCUGGCGUCUACAUACCCACCAGGUUUUUUCGCAUGUUGGUUAACAAAUUGGCACGGGAUUUUCAUAAUUAUCCUGCUGUUGGUGGGGUGGUUCAGACCCUAAUCGGUCAUAUGUUCGGCGGUGAUAGCUCCAAUUGGGUCGGAGUGAUAGGCUUACCACACUACAACAUGAACGACAUGCCUGGAGUGUCUUUUGGGAUAGCACUUCAUUUGGCACAGAUGAAGCAUGCACGGAAAUUCAGGAUGUUUGACUAUGGGAAUCCUUCAGCUAACAUGCAAAUGUAUGGUUCACCAGAACCAUUGGAUUUGGGGGAAUACUAUGGGCUCAUUGAUAUUCCAGUGGAUGUUGUUGCAGGAAGGAAAGACAAGGUAAUCCGUCCUUCAAUGGUGAGAAAACAUUACAGGCUAAUGAGAGAUGCGGGUGUGGAUGUAUCUUACAAUGAAUUCGAGUAUGCUCAUUUGGAUUUCACAUUCUCCCACCGGGAAGAACUCUUGGGAUAUGUGAUGUCUCGAUUGCUCCUCGUGGCACCUAGUACAAGGCACAAAUCCUUGAGAUUGAAGAAGAAAGAUGGAGAGGUGAUUGCUAAGCAAGAGGUCAGUUCUUGAUCAUGUUUAUUACCUUAAUGUUGUGAUGUAUAAGAUGAUAGAUCAAGUGUAUGAAAUGCAAAACAUUGCACUCUAGAAAAUGUGUCAAGUUGUAAUUUUCGUAUAUCUAGAAGUUAGAGGUCGUUUUGUAUAUAGAUCAGGUCCAGUUCUCCCUUACAUUUUUUAAGGUUGAGAGUAAGUGUGCUUUGUGAAAUGUGAAUCUUAUAGUUCUGGAUGAAGAUAAUGUCAAUUACAUCUUAUAGUUAAUAGUGUAUGGGCAGGUUCAAAUAAGAAACAUAAAUAUUUUGAGAGACUGAAAACCAACUAUUCAUGUAUCGUGAUGGAUAUUCAUGAUGAAUAAUGUUAAUGAAUAUUUUAGGGUUAUUCAA